AUGGCGACUGAAUUCAUCGGCUACGAUGUGCUUGUGACGCUGCGAGCGCCACCAAAUGCAACUGUGCAGGGAGAAGUGGCUAAUGUCAUCGGCCAACGUCUCAUGCUCCGAAAUGUGAAACUAUCCUGGAUCGGACACCCGCUCCCUACGUAUUCAAUUGAAGCGCCCGACAUCGCGGAUCUUUCUUUGGGAUCUUCGACUCCGCGCAUCUCACAGCGUCCGCCUCCGCCUCAGGGACCUCAAAAUAUAGUCCCCGCACCUCCGCCUCCAACUUCAACGCAAAGCUUCGUGGAUCCGGCCAUUCUAAGCUUUUCGAAGCCCCCUUCUGCGCCGUCUGGCCAGGGUGCAGACUCGGGUCCGGUACAGCUUCCAGCCCCUUCCAUUAGCCGGUCCACUUCACAAAACUUUCAAUUUCCGCAAGUGGCUCAUCGUGACCAAGCUGCUGUGCUCAACGAACCGUUCAGUAACCUGGAACUUGAUGUUGGAAAGACCGCGAAUGAGAGUCGCAGCGCCGUGCCAAGUGGCCCUGUCCCCGCUGGAAGGGAGAACAUUGUUUCAUCGCAACCAAUCCCGCAGUCCGCCGCGAAAGCUAGUCGUCGCACUGGACAACCGAGGACCCCGAAGGCAGUCAAUGAACACGAUGGGGCGACGAACACGGACCCAAGAAGCAAAGGCUGGCGUCAGACUGCUUUCGUCGAGCCGUCUUAUCCGCAGAUGAACAAGUCGCUCAAUAAACAACGCCGGAAGAAGAGGAACAACAGAUCGAAUUAUGUGGAGGACCCUAAUGGCUGGGCUACAGAGGAUGCGACGGAUAUUCAGGAGAUGGGCGAGUUCGACUUCCAGAGCAACCUUUCCAAAUUCGACAAGAGAAAGGUGUUCGAAGAAAUUCGUAACGAUGACACUACUGCCGAUGAAGACCGGCUGGUUAGCUUCAACAGGAAAGUACCAAAGCCUGGAACAAAUGGCGGGAAGAAUUUGCAUUGGACGGAAAAUGUCCUUGACAGCCCUGAGGAGACUGAGAGCGAGGAUACCGACCAGGUACCUAGCGAUGCAAAACUAAGCAGCGGCACCUAUUCUGGCCGGGAACGGUCGAGGACGUCCCGCGCACCGAACUCUCGCAAAGGAAGCGCCAUUUUGGGCCAGCCGUUGGUGCCACCGCAGAUCAAUUCGCUCGGGCGCAGUCAGCUGAGCACAUCUCGCACAACCAGCCCUCGACCCAAUAAGACAUCCGUUUCAGCAUCCCCGAUAAGCGCCCCUGGUGUACCUGGAGGCUCAUUGCGGCUCACCACAACCAAUCGAAGCUGCCCAACUGUCAGUCCAUUGCAAACCCUCGAGGUUGAGCAGAUUGCAGUUGCCGAACUGGGGCUGACCGAGGACAUGAUUACGGAAAACACGGGACGUGGCAUUGCGGAAGCUGCUGUUGGACUCCUUACCAGUGACGCCGCUGCGCCCACGAUGCUGGUGCUCACAGGCAAUCAUCGAACCGGGGCACGUGCCGUCUCUGCGGCUCGCCAUCUCCGUAAUCGAGGCCACCGCGUGACUGUCUGUAUGCUAGGCAUCGAGCACGACAAUGAGUUGCUAGAAAGUUGUCGGAAACAGCUGGAUGUCUUCAAGAAGAUUGGCGGCCGAGUACACCGGUGGGAAGACUUAUCGACCCGGCUCUCUACAUCGGAAUUCGCGCCUGACUUGGUUGUCGACGCCUUGUUCGGAAUUCACAUAGCAUUUGAUGACCUUCGCACGGAUGACCAGGCCACUGCCUUUGAGAUGAUAUCUUGGGCCAACCGGAGCAACCUGGAGAUUUUGUCCGUGGACGUGCCUUCGGGGCUGUCUGCUAUGAGUGGCGAAGUGACUACAGUAGAAGGCGGCCGGCUAUGCGUCAAUUCGAAAUCGGUGGUCUGUCUCGGGGCUCCCAAAACUGGGGUUGUCACUGCGCUACUCUCCGGGGAGGGACUAUCAUGGAAUCUCUCUGUGGCCGACAUUGGCAUUCCUCAGAUAGUCUGGAGAAAAUAUGGUAGUCGGCGGCGGCAUGGGAUCGACUUUGGGAACCGGUGGGUGGUACCAUUGCGCUACCAGCCCCCUCCCGUAUGA